AUGCCCUUUCAUAUCCUACGAGAACUCGAAGCUCACCUCAAGGACGCUUCUUUCGGCGCGAAAGACACUGCCGUCUUCGUGAACACCAAUGAGGCUGUCGCCACUUCCAAUAAUCGCGACCUGCCCUUCGCAGCCACAAUUGCAAAAUUUGGCUACUCCGUCGCCAUCAAAGCGAGGACCCAAGCAGUGGAACUCGUUCUGUCGCAUCUCUUUGUGGCCCGUGAGCUUGACGCCGACGACAUCUCCACUCCCAUCGUGGAGUCCUUCAAUACCCUACACGAAGCAUUUGCAUAUGGGGCUGCUUUAGUGCGCGAGGACAAGGUGCUUGUCGUCUGGUCGGACAAGAAGGAGGACAUCAUCAACGAAUUCCGCCACAGAGAGCAUAGGCUACAGCACCUCACUGGACUAUGCACCUGUGGCGCCAUACCACGACGUCCCUUACUCGAUGUAGCAAAUUGCGGCGAACCAGUUGCUUGGUCGUCAGCACACCCUGCAUCCGGCGUAUACGACGGAUUGUUCGACAAAGCUCUGCAGGAACGUUUGUCAGACAAGACGCCGAGCUCUUCCAAGCUGGCAGUCCGCGAGUCGACGACAUACCGUGCGUUAUCGUGGAACGCGCCACCAAACGCCCACAGACGUAUAAUGGGUGAGGACGAUCCAGAGAUCGUACCAAGCCGUACCUCACGCAAGAAUGCCGCCCGGAGCACACAUCCGUCCAAACGGAAAAGGGGACAGGUGGAGGUCCUCGAAGCCACUUCUGCCGUUUCUUCAAGCCCACGUGCGAUGGGCAAAAAUCAGAUCACCGCCAUACAUAGCGAGGCCGCUCCUGACGAGGACACGAAUUCUGGCAGUGGAAAUCAGAAAAUAAAGAUGCAUGCGUGUCCUGUGCAUGAUGCAGGCCCGUCGCAUGCUCGCUCCGAUCUGGCACCACGCGUGCAGACCGAGAGGUUGUCAUCCCCGAAACCAGGCACUCUGGAGAAGGAAAAAGAGCGUGAGGUAUCUCUUGCUGGAGUACCCCCACAGCCCACGGAAGGGAGGAAACCCUCGCCUCCGAGACUCACGGCAACUGAUAAAGGAAAGGGGCGUGCCGUCGACUCUCCUGACGGUGGCGGUGGCGCUGAACCCGGGCCAUCAACAAAUAUGCGGGAGCGCACACAGUCCACCAGGAAGUCGAAGCGAAAGGUGAACGACCACGAUGACGAUCCCUACGCAGACGCCGCGGACCAAAGGCGAUUGAAGAGGCAAAAACAGGCGUCAAUGACGUCUGCAUCGGGGAGCACGGUGCGCUGCAUAUGCACACAUCCCGGCUGCCAAAAGACAUAUGGGCGCGAGAAGGACAUGGUGCGUCAUCGCAAGACCCAUGGUGCGCCAACCAACUUCUGCGAGUGGUGCGGCAAAGGCUUUGGUCGGCUCGACGUGCUGCGACGGCAUUGCAGAGAGAGACACGAGGAUCAUCAGGGAGAGCAGGACGAAGCCGUGGUGGAGGGUGAUGACGAGAACAAAGAUGAUGGGGGCGAAGAGUGCAGCUGGAUGAAGAGUGAGGAGAUUUAA